CCAUUUAUAAAUUGUUGUCAACAACAUGACGCAACAAAAUCGAAUUUAAAAACAAAUCAAAUUGACAGCUUCAUAAUGAAAGGAUACGAAACCUUUUAUCAAACAAUAAAACCACUUUUAAAAGAUCCAUCAGAUCUAAUUGUAUCGGUCAUACAUUGGAUUUUGAUACAGGAUUUUGAUUUCAAAUGCAUCGCCGUCGAUAAUCAGUUGAAAGCUGAAUAUCGGAACAUACCUGGCAGUGAAUUAUUACCAAACGGAUGGAAUAACAAUCGCAAUCAUUAUAAUUUACUUUAUCGUUCGGCCAUCUUAGAAACAGAAAACAUUCUUUUGAAUUGUGUUGCUGAUGAAAGUGAUGCUGAUAAAAUUAAAGUUCUCAUUUCUGAUGUUACAGCUGAUUCUCAGAACGAGAAACAUCGAUUUUUGAUUUCUAAAAAAACAUUUGUCAAUCCUGACGAUCGGCAGGUUUUCGAAACCUUUGAUAAUGAAAAGGUGAAUCGCCUGGCGACAUUUAUUCGCCAAAACAUACCCAAUUUAAAUUGCCCUAAAAAGUCCAUAGUUCCUCCUGCAACAUCAUCAUCAUCUGAAAAUCCAUCAUCACAUGAUGAUCCCAGUAAUCUUCCAUUUUCCAAAUUUAUUCCUACUCCUGCUCAACCUCGAUCGCUUCUAGAAAAUGAUCCAAAUCGUUUGAUUAAUCCCCCAAUUGGACGUGGCGAUUUAGAUCCUUUUGGACAUGGAAUUGGUGGAGGAAUGAUAUUUGAUCCAUUUUCUGGAAAUCGUCUUCGACCUGAACGUGGUCCACCAAUGAAUUGGCCACGUGGUGCAGUGCCGCCUGGUGCUCGUUAUGAUCCCAUUGGACCGACUCCUGAUGCUCGUUUUUUUCGACCCGAUCCUGAUCAUUUGCCUCCGCCUCAUGGACCCAGUUUUGAUGGACACUUUAUGUGAUUUAUUGUGAAAAUAUUUGCAGUUUUUCAUAAUCGAUUCAAUCGGUUUUGUUUUUUUUAAUACUGGAAAAUAAAAAAUACUUUUUAUUGUCAA